CCUGGUUUGCCACACCUCAAUAGGUUUUGGGCGAGCGAUGGUGUAAUCAGUGACGAAAAAGGACGAAGAUAAGAUAUGAAUUGAUGUUGACGUACUUAUAGAAACAAGCAUCAUGUGAGAUAUUACAGAGCGUUCCUUGCUUUUGUUCGUCGUUCUUGCCUUUUCAAUUGGUCCGGGUGAAUAGGGAUAUAGAAUGGCUGAACUCGUGUCGCCCUCAGGAAUCCUCCCUCGCAUACCCGACGACCUCACGCUUGCGCAGUUCGUAUUGGAUGCGGAGCAUGUCAGGAGGCCCAUUCGUAAGAAUGGUGCCUGGAUUGUUGAUGAUCAGAGUGGGAGAAAGAUUGGGCUUGAGGAGCUCAGAGCUCGGACGUAUGGUCUGGCUAAUGCGUUGAGUAUCCGCUAUAACAUCCAGGAGGAUGAUGUUGUGUUGAUCUACAGUCCAAAUCAUAUUGAUUACCUUGUGGCUACUUGGGCAGCUCACAAACUUGGUGCUGCCGUAUCCGGUGCCAACCCGCUAUUCACAGUUGACGAACUCGUGUAUCAAGUCAGUACAGUGAAAGCAGCCGUCAUCAUCACGCACCCAGACUCGCUCAAGGUGGCCUUGUCGUCUGCACAUGCCGCUGGUGUAUCUGCGGAUCGCAUCAUUCUUUUUGACGUUGAGGAUGCGGACACUGCGCAGAGAUUGACUUUGCAAGCUUUGAUUUCGCAAGGUCUUGCGAGUGCUCCGAACUUCAUAGAACGGAAACUUGCUCCUGGUGAAGGGAAAACUAAGGUGGCCUUUCUGAAUUUUUCAAGCGGGACGACUGGUCGCCCGAAGGCCGUUGCAAUACCCCACUAUUCGCCGAUUGCAAAUGUCAUUCAGCUUGCCACGCACCAUAAAGUUGGCAAGGAAUAUGCCGAACAAAGAUUUAAACCUGGUGACGUUUGCUGUGCCGUGCUUCCUUUAUACCAUAUCUAUGGACUAGUGUUCAAUGCACAUUUUGCCUUUUUCUGCGGAAUGACGGUUGUCUUAACAGCGAAAUAUGACUUUCUGGACUUUUUGAAGAGUAUAAUUAGGCACCACAUCACCCAUCUUAUGUUGGUCCCCCCACAACUUGUACUAUUAUGCAAGCAUCCAGCUGUCAAGAGUUACGAUUUUAGUCAUAUCCGAUACGUCACCUCGGGCGCUGCACCCCUGUCUCGUGAGGUAAUGGAGCAGCUUGUUCGAAUAUUCCCAAACGCCGACCUUGGGCAGAGCUACGGCCUUACCGAAACGGGGCCUGUUAUAAGCAGCUGGGCACUGGAUAAGAGACGUGACUUGAGCGGUGGUACUGGCCAGCUCCUUCCUGGUAUUAUCGCCCGCGUAGAGAAACCAGAUGGCACCCUUGCCGACUUUGACGAACCUGGCGAGCUUAUCGUAAAGACGCAGGCGCUUGCGCUUGGUUAUGCAAACAACCUUGAAGCAACGAAGGAAACCUUUGUAAAUGGAUGGCUUCGUACCGGUGAUGAGGUGACGAUGAACCGCAAGGGCGAAAUCGUAGUCCUUGACCGGUUAAAGGAAAUGUUGAAGGUCCGUGGAUUUCAGGUCGCACCUGCCGAACUCGAAGGGUGCAUUCUGGACCACCCCGACGUGACUGAUACGUGUGUGGUCGGAAUACAAGAUGAAUAUAGUGGUGAAUUACCACUGGCGUUCGUCACUCUCCGCCCUGAGGCCACCAAACGUGUCAAAGACAGUCCGUCGGCUGCGGACGAGAUCAAGGCGUCCAUUAUGAAGCACGUUGCUGAUAAUAAAAUUGGCUACAAGAAGCUCGCUGGGGGUGUCGAGAUCAUUGAUGUUAUCCCGAAAAACCCAAGUGGUAAACUUUUGAGGAGGGUGCUGAGAGACAAGGCUAGGGAGAUGCGGACGAAACCAAAAGCGAAGCUGUAACAUGGUGGUUCUGAUUGUGAUUCCUCUGUAUACUAAACUAUACUAUUGUUUGUCACUCUUUCGUCGAUUGGCCCUCUCUCCCCUACAGUCGCGCACCUUGCAACACGCCGUGUGUCCGACUCUGGAUGAUAUCAAACCUUAUGUAGUGUCUCAUCAUUACACCGACAUGAACGAUUUGCAUGGAGUUCCGUCCUGUUGGAUGUCAAGGUUAUGC